UGCAACGCUCUAAAGUCACCAGCAGAGCCCGCUUUAGACCAACUUCACAAAUGUUGAAGGCGCUGUCUUCUGCAGUCCACAUGACAACUCUUAUCGGUUUAAAACAAACUCCAUUAUUACAUAUACUCUCAACUACAUUGUCUGGGAUAUUCAGUUUAUUAAUAGACAUGAAUAAUUUCAGUAGAGCUUUCGUGUUCGUGUGGAAUGGCAGCUAGUCUUUUCAUGCAUGCUAUAACACUGUAAGACUUCAUGGUUUGUAAACCUCUUUGUUGAACAUCAGGAAGCACGACAUCUACACCAAACAAAAUAAAUUUAGAUGCACUUGAGCCUCUUUCUUGGAUAGUAUAGUUUUACUGACUAGGAGCAACUGAAUGUGAGUCCAGUGUUUUUUAGACAGGCGCGAGAGAUGAGCGGGGUCAAAAAGUUGAGGGGUCAAAAGUUUAUGUGGUGUGAGAUUCGACUGUUGGUUGUCGACUGUGCGCUAGACCAAUUGCUAAAUGUCAAUGGCAAAGUGAGAGAGGGAGGAAAAGGAGAAAAGGAAAUGGGGUGCUGCCGAAGCAGUGAGGGGCUACAACUUUGUUUCAUGUGCAAAAAUGGGAGAAAUGAUAACAGGAGCGUCAUGGGUUCAGAGCCUGACGUGAGUUUUGUAACAAAGCGAACCCCCAUGAAAAAGUGAGAAAGAGCAAAAACGAAAAAAAGAAGUCCUGUUCGGUUAUCAUUAUUAUUAUUAUUAUUAUUAUUAUUAUUAUUGUUGUUGUUGUUGUUGUUGUUGUUGUUGUUGUUGCUGCUGUUGGUGGUGUUAUUAAUGAUAAUGAUGAUAAUAAUAAUGCAUAAUAUUAUAUGAGUAUGCCCAGAAAAUAAAAUGUUCUCGCGCUAGAAAAAACUGACAAUUAUAAAUUGUUAAUUAAAUUAUUUUAAACAAUUUGAAUCAAUCCGCUUUAUGCCGUUAAUGGUUUAUAUAUUUUUAAGCACGAAACAAACGGGAAAAUAUUGUCCUAAUAAAUGUGCUUACAAUUUCUUAAGCGACUUUGUUCCCACUUAUUACUCGUGUAAAUAAAAAAGAUUUUAAAAGGCGGAGAAACAGCAGCAUCACAAAUAGUCUGAAUUUAUCAAAAUAGUGCAGCUAAAAAUAUAUAUAUAUAAUCCAAGAGCAGUUAUACAAUCGACUUCAAACUGAAAGCAGCGGUUAAACAGAAUCUAUACGAAUAACACCGAACCUGUAUUUGACUCGUCACAGUAGUUUUGGCCAAAUGUCAUCGUACAAAAGAAUUGCUAAUCUAAACACAGCGAGCGUGUGAGAGUGCUGUUUUGAUGUAUAGUUAAUAAUGGAGCCAUUUUCAAGUGAGCGACGGUCAGAAUAAAAUUUGAACAUAGAAAAUGUGUAAUUUAGUAAAUACAUAAUACCGUUAUUGAUAUAAAUAUUCGGACAAACUAGGCUAGCCAUGGAUAACAAUUUUAAAGGGAUCGCUAUUUUGAAAAAUACAGUGCAUAAGUGGUGAAUAAUUGUAUUAGAAUACGCGUCCCCUUCGGAGUUCACGCAGAGUUCAUCGAAUUAAUUUCCAUUCCACCGUAGCAUGUGCCGUUGCCUGGCAGAGAUGUGGCGUGCAUUGUGAUUUUUUUCUGAGUUCAUGCCUUAAUUCUUUUAACACAAUUCAUGAUGAUUUCUGGCAUUCUCAGGGCUUGUGCUUUUUUGUGGCGCAAAUGUGUAAUGUUUACACGAUCCCCUAAAGAUAAGACGACCCACGGUAUUUUAAAAUCCCAUUUCUAUUUACUACAAAUGGUUUACUUUUGUGUUGUCACAAUAAUUCAAACAUCUUAUUUCAUCACAGUAUAAUGCAUUAGGUUGUACAAUGUUCUGAAUAUGGGUUUAAAUGCACAAUCCAGACUGCUUUGUUUUCAGAUUGAGGCUCUGUUUGGUUUUGAGAAAAUUUAAAAAAUGCUCUGUGGUUGAACUGAUUUGUGGAUUUCAAAAGGCAUUUAGAAUGACACCCCCCACCACCCACCCCAAGUCAUUUUUCUUCAAAGUACUGACCUGGGCACAAUUCAAUAUGAGCACGCAAACUGUGCAUGCAUUACUAUAGAACUUGCGAGUGGGAGAGACCCAGAGAAGGGGUGAACCGCAGGUCAGCGCGUCUAACAAAUAUUAAAAUGUACUGGGACUUGUGACACGCCUCGCUGUUUAACAAAGACUGCCAAAGUGCGAGAUUAAUACGAAAACCUGAGAGUCCACAACAAAAUGCCUUAAAGCGUCCAAUGAUAUUGUAGUCUAAUGCUCACGACGGAGCAAGUCUAACAUGCAUUUUAUUUUUAGCACUUCUGAGAGGCAGCAGGCUACAUUGUGCGGGGAAACCCCCUUCUUCUCGCCAAGAAAGGUUAAAGAGACACCGGGAAACGGACUGAGCGAGCUUUUUGGCGUACGAAAUUAGUAGAUCGAUGUUUUAUUGUAUUAUUCUUUUUUUGUGGUUCAGGUCUUGUGUUGUUUACAAUUUUCUUGAACGGAUCGCGGAAAUGAGUGGGAGUUGCAUGGACGAAGGUAUCACGGCGAGGUCACGGGCUAAACCUGUGGCGUUAGAAAAAAGAGGAAAGGAGGGCGGGGGUGGCGGUGGGGCUCGCGGUACCGUCGUGACAGAAAGAAAGGCUUCGGAAUAGCGACGGGGUCCCGUCCCGUUUGCGUCCGGCAUAUGGAGAAGGCGACAGGACUGUACUGUGGAGAGCGAACUCGGAGAAACGAGAUACGACGCGCGGAGGCACAAAACAGCACAACUGCACAGACCUUCUGCUAGGAGGGCAGUAAGAUCUUGGAGGACACUUGAAGACACCCCCUCCUUUCUCCACCACCUAUUUACCAAGUCAUGCCACAAGAAAACUUUUUUUGGCAAAGAAUGUCCCAUGAACAAGAUUCCUGAAGAAAUGAUUGCACAAGUGAAAAUCUUCGCCGGACAAGAGAUGUCAGCAAUCAAGUUCCUUCGAGUUAUCUGGAAGCUGUAUCCUUGCAUAAAAUCUAGACGUGAAAGACAUUAUCUCGGUCAGCUUCCAAGAGGCCGUUGGAAAAAGACCGUCACGUGACAUCGGGUGCCAAUGUUCUUCCAGAAGGUCGUCAGGACCCUGGUAGCCGGUAACGCGAAUUUUGGAAAUGCAGAAAACCACCUACUACGACAACUCGACACUAUUCGGAGGUUAUUCGUAUCAGGGGGCCAAUGGCUUCAGUUAUGAGGCCCAGCCUGCGGCUUUCCCGAGCUCGGCACACCUCGAUGGCGAUUACCAGAGGUCUGCCUGCUCACUGCAGUCGCUAGGCACCAGCGCGCCCACACAAUCACAGCACGCCAAGACGAAAGAGCUCAAUGGCAGCUGUAUGCGUCCCAGUCUACCAUCUGAACACCACCAACCUCCCCAGGUUUCUCCUCCUCAAAAUCCUGUGAACCCAACUGGAUCUAGUGCCCCCCAGCAGCCGGGUGGUAGCGGCAGUGGUGGGGCUGGCGGCGGAGGUACCACCAAAUCCUCCACCAAGUCGUCCACACUCACCCAGAACCCGACCAUCUCCAAGCAGAUCUUCCCCUGGAUGAAAGAGUCACGUCAGAACACCAAGCAAAAAAACAGCUCCCCCAGCGCAAGCUCGGCUAAUGCGGAGAGCAGUGGCGGCGAGAAAAGCCCUCCGGGUUCCGCGGCUUCCAAGAGAGCGCGCACAGCCUACACGAGCGCACAGCUUGUGGAACUUGAGAAGGAGUUCCAUUUCAAUCGGUACCUGUGUCGGCCUCGACGCGUAGAGAUGGCCAAUCUUCUCAACCUUAGCGAAAGGCAGAUCAAGAUCUGGUUCCAAAACCGGCGCAUGAAGUACAAGAAGGAUCAAAAGUCGAAAGGCAUGGGCUCGUCCUCAGGGGGGCCAUCCCCAACCGGAAGCCCACCCCUGCCAAUGCAGUCCACAGCCGGUUUUAUGAACUCCAUGCACUCAAUGGGCAGCUAUGACGCGCCGUCGCCGCCAUCUUUCAACAAGCCUCAUCAAAACGCGUAUGCCAUGUCAUCAUCCUAUCAAAAUUCCAUGAAAGGUUGUCCCUCGCAACAGAAGUAUGGCAACACAGGACCAGAAUAUGACCCACAUGGGCUACAGGGUAGCAGUGGCAACUAUGGGACCCCUAACAUGCAGGGUAGCCCCGUGUACGUAGGAGGGAACUAUGUGGAUGCCAUGCCGGCCACUGGGCCCUCUAUGUACAGCCUCAACCACCUGCCACACCACCAAUCUGCCAGCAUGGACUACAACGGUGCCACACAGAUGUCGGCUAACCAGCACCACGGACCGUGCGAUACACACCCGACAUACACAGAUCUGUCAGCGCACCAUCCUUCUCAGGGUAGAAUUCAAGAAGCACCCAAGUUGACACAUCUGUAACAGGUUUGGGAAAAACAAAACAAAACAAAACAGAAGUUAAAAUAAAAGAAGAAAACAAACAAGCAAGCAAACAGGAACCCAGGGGACGAUGCAAUGGGGUUGAAAAAGAUGAUCCAGUGGUUUCUUGCCGUUUCAGUCACAGCAGUUGGUGUUGAUGUUGUCCUUUCAUUCGCCUGUGAGCACAUUCAUUUGUUCAGAAGACAUCUUACAAUCAGUUCUGUAUGCAUAGCCCUGAAAGCCCUACUAAAAACAAAGAUUAUGAGUAGUGGGUAAGUGUGGAUAGUGUAUGCCAAUUAAUAGAUUAUUUUUCUGUAUGACCUUGUGUGACUCCCCUUUACGCCAUCGUUGGCAUGCGUGUAUUUUGUCAGCCUAUCGCCGAGUUCUUUACUGUAAAAACUGCUUGAGGGUGGAGCGUAGCAAACUCUUGAAACCGGCGUUAGGAAACCACUGGAUUGUUUUUGUUCACUUCCCUUUUUCCACAUACCUCUUUUUGUUUAACAGAUUCGCUAAACUGUCAUGUUUUCUAAUCCAUAUGCCUAAAACCAUCAACGUAAAAAGCGUGUACGUAAUAACUUUACGUAUAACCUCAAUCUACACUUUUUUUUCGGAUUGAUAAGUUCAAUACAGUUUUCGCACUAUGCUGCAUAGGGCCUCCUCCCGUAAACCGACUAUAAUUGGGUGAUACUAAUCGAAUUGAUACAGGGUAAAGAAAGACCAUUUGAGAAUUUAGUCAAUACAUAGUCGCCCCUACCUUUCUCAGAUGGUUGUGCCCCUCCCUCGUCCUCGUCCAUUCCUUGCCCCCCCUACUCUCUCUCUCUCUCUCUCUCUCUCUCUCUCCAUUGAGUUUGCUUACAUUAGCCUUCACUAAUGAGAAAGGCAGACAUUUUCUCAUGUCUUGACUUAACGUGGAAACAGGGUAUAAAUGAACAAAAUGCAUGUCCGAGAUGCCAAGCAAUGGUGUAGACGUUUCGGUUUACGCCUAAUGCUUUCUCGGCUGGGCAUCAUUGUUGCACUUAGAGUUUACAUUUUGAUGGGUAAGGAAAAAGUAAAUCUUAUUUUGAAGCGAAAGACCUUCAAUCAGCGUCUUUCGGUAUGCGUUCAAACGAACAUUCAUAAAUAUAUAUUUAUUUGUUAUAGCCAGUUUAAAUACUUUCUUUUUUUUUAUUAUUUAUCCCUCAUGUAUUUAUAUCGAGAAAGUGUACUUUUUUAGUAUUUACCUGUUAUAAGGAAAAGACAUUGUGUUCUUGUCAUUGUAACUAAUUUUGGUUAUUGUAUUUUUAGAGACACCUAGGUUUACGUUACCCUUGUACAUAACCGACUUGACUUGUACAGGGUGCGAGGCAAGGGAAUCAAACUGUUCCAGCAUAGUCGGAAAUUAGACAGUAUAGCGAAACUUUUUUUUUUCUUUUUUAAGAAGAAACCUUCAUUUGUUCUUUGUAGUUACAUUGAUUUUCUUGUUAAGAGUUGGCUGUUGAACAAUUCUUUAAUAAAAUAUUAUGUUAAUCAUU